AUGGCCUGCAUGAAGAAGGUCCUGCUGGACCUCAUGUUGCGCACGGGGUACAACAUCGUCCGGGAGAACGGACAGAGGAGGUUCGGACCGCCGCCCGACUGGCGGGGGCCCCCUCCCGCCCGUGGCUGCGAGGUAUUUCUGGGGAGGGUCCCGCGCGACCUCUACGAGGACGAGCUGGUGCCCGUGCUGGAGACGGUGGGGAAGCUCUACCAGCUCCACCUCAUGAUGGAUUAUAGCGGAGAGAACCGCGGCUACGCGUUCGCUACCUACGCGACGCUCGCCCAAGCCACGGAUGCCGUCAAGAAACUCGACAAGGUAGAGAUCCGUCCCGGACGCCGCAUUGCAGUCUGCUUCAGCGUGGACAAUCGCCGCCUCUUCAUUGGGGGGCUGCCAAGGACAAGAAGCGAGCGGAGGUGA